GUCUCUCUACCCACGCGUCGUCUCUGUGGUAGAGUGGGCGGGACCAAGGAGGAAGAUGGCGGCGCCCACAGCUGCCGCUGAGCCCCAGGCUUCCGGGGGUCUUCGGCCCCCGGUGUGUCUGUUGGUGUUGGGAAUGGCGGGAUCUGGGAAAACCACGUUUGUACAGAGGCUCACAGGCCACCUGCAUAGCCAAGGCUCUCCACCUUAUGUGAUCAAUCUGGACCCAGCUGUGCAUGAAGUUCCCUUUCCUGCCAAUAUUGAUAUUCGUGACACUGUGAAGUAUAAAGAAGUCAUGAAACAAUAUGGACUUGGACCCAAUGGUGGCAUAGUGACCUCACUCAAUCUCUUUGCUACCAGAUUCGAUCAGGUGAUGAAAUUUAUUGAGAAGGCUCAGAACAUGUCUAAAUAUGUCUUGAUUGACACACCUGGGCAGAUUGAAGUAUUCACCUGGUCAGCUUCUGGAACAAUCAUCAGUGAGGCCCUGGCAUCCUCGUUUCCAACAAUUGUCAUUUAUGUAAUGGACACAUCAAGAAGUACCAACCCAGUGACCUUCAUGUCCAAUAUGCUCUAUGCCUGCAGCAUCUUGUACAAAACCAAGCUUCCUUUCAUUGUGGUCAUGAACAAAACUGACAUCAUUGAUCACAGCUUUGCAGUGGAAUGGAUGCAAGAUUUUGAGACUUUUCAAGAUGCCUUGAAUCAGGAGACUACAUACGUCAGUAACCUGACUCGUUCAAUGAGCUUGGUGUUAGAUGAGUUUUACAGCUCACUUAGGGUGGUAGGUGUGUCUGCUGUUCUGGGUACAGGCUUAGAUGAACUCUUCGUGCAAGUCACUAAUGCUGUGGAAGAAUAUGAAAGGGAGUAUCGUCCUGAAUAUGAACGUCUGAAGAAAUCCCUGGCAAGUGCACAGAGCCAACAGCAGAGAGAACAACUGGAACGCCUUCGAAAAGAUAUGGGCUCUGUAGCUUUGGACACAGGAACUGCUGCAGACAGCUUAUCUCCUGUGCGGGACCCUUCUGACUUGAUCCUGACUCGGGGAACCUUGGAUGAAGAGGAUGAGGAAGCAGACAGUGACACUGAUGAUAUUGACCAUAGAGUUACAGAGGAAAGCCAUGAAGAGCCAGCGUUCCAGAAUUUUAUGCAAGAAUCAAUGGCACAAUACUGGAAGAGAAACCACAAAUAGUUUCCAGAAGUCCAGAAGUUUGGAACUCUGUAAAGGAACUAUCCUUACUCUGACUGGGGUUAUUAUAAAGAACAGUUUUGUUCAGAAUAGCAGUUUUUCUUACUAGGGAAAUCUGACUCCAAUGAAGCCAGGGGUAGAAGAAAUUUGGACCUGGCAGCUAGACACUGACUGAUUCCGCUUGGAUUGCAAGGAAGGAUUUUCUGGCUGUUCUGGAUGCUGGUUUUCUGUGUGUAAAACUUCAUGUUCUGUCAUUAGAACUCAAGUACUUUUGCUGCUGAUGGAUGGAGUAGAGAACAUAUUGUUCACUUCAGAUCUCUGUUAGGCUGGAUCUAUAGCCUCUAUUUCCCAAGCAUCUUGCCCUCAACUCAUGAGUUUCCCUCCUUUUAGCAGACUGUGAGAGGGGAAACAUGAGCUUAUACAGUGGCAGUGGAAUCUCCUUGGCAACCAAUAUGUUGGUAUGAAAUGUGCCUCAUGCUUAGUAGCUCAUUAUAGGACACCAGGUUUGUUGAAGAAGAUGGGAAAAACAUAGUAAGCAUCCUGCUUUCCAUGGUGAUUUGGAUAAAGUUUUUAAUUUUGACUUUGGUGUAAGCCUGCCUGUCAUAAUUUAAAAUAAGAAAAUUUAUAAUCACAAAUAGAUUUACUUCUGUUCAUCAGAGAGGUUUAAAGCCACAUGUCCAAACCUGUCUCAGUAUAGUGAUGUUUACUCAUGUUUCCCCUGUACACAUACCUAGUAACCAGGUAUAGAGCCAGUCCUGUUUGUAUUGUAUUUUGAAAUGAAUGCAAAGUACCCUUGGUGAUUUACUCAAAUGCCAUGGAUUUGAGUCAGGUGUACAUUCCAUACAUAACAUUCGUGGUUUACUCUACCUUCAUUUUUCACAGUAUCUUAAAAUCUAGUACAUUUCUCUUAAGGAAUUUUAUCCUUGCUUGAUCUUUCCUCCAGUGGUUCUGAAAGUGUGGUCUCUGGACCAGAAGCAUAAGCAUCAGCUGGGAAAUUGUUAGAAAAGGGACACUGAAGACCUGAAUCAGAAACUGAGGUUGCGGUCCAGUAGUCUGUUUGAACCACUGCUUUGACAACUCAUACACCCUGUGACAAUUCCAGGCCAGGUGAAUCUCAGGUUAGCAAUCCUCAUAUGACCUGCUUUAUCAGAGUACGCCAGCUUUGACUAUCUGGUGCUUAUUCUCCAAUUUAAACAUUCUAAAAAUA